AUGAUGAAUUUUCUUGCAUUGAUCUCUGCAUUUGGGAUAAUAGCCAUAGCCCAUUUGUUACACCAUGGAUUUAUAGAGGCCACUACAACAGUUAUUAACUUGUCAAAACCCAAAGGAACAGUUAAAACAAUCAAGAGUGACUACGGAGAUAUUAUCGAUUGUAUUAGUAUCUACAAACAAAUCAGUUUCGAUAAUCCAUUGAUUAAGAGCUCGCAACUCAAUCUUAACUUGGAGAAACAGGAAGGAGAAUACUUAGGAGCUUCUGCAAAAUUCAGUGUUCCGAAUCCUCGAACUCAGCAAGAUGAUUUCAGUUUAGCGCAAAUUUGGCUCAUAACUGAGAUGGACACACAACGUUUAAACGCUAUUGAAGCCGGUUGGACAAGUGAUCGCUAUAACAGAACAGGAUGUUAUAAUCUCUUAUGCGAAGGCUUCGUGCAAACAAGCCGGACUUUUGCUGUCGGCUCUCCCCUAUCGAUUUCCAGCGAGAUAAAAGUUUCUGUCUUCAAGGACUCUGAAACAGGAAACUGGUGGCUGCAAGUGGACGACGAAUUUAUAGGAUACUGGCCACGUAUAAUUUUCAACGCUUUAAAUUCAACCGUGGACAAAAUUUUAUGGGGCGGAGAAGUGUAUUACAAAGAUCAUUCAGGUGAACACACGACUACUGAGAUGGGCAAUGGUCAAUUUCCUGUGAAUGGUACGAGAGCUAGUCAUGUCCGCAAUCUUCAAGUCAUGAAGAGGUUACACAAAUGGAGUAGUCCUGACUGGUCUCUUACACAAACGGUCACAAAGCCUAAAUGUUAUGACUUAAGAAUUCCAAGUUUUCUUAAGAGGAAAAGUGAUUGGGGGGUUUAUUUUUAUUAUGGAGGUCCAGGAAGAUCUAGAGAAUGUCCAUAA